AUGCACAUCUUCGAGGAUGUCUCCAAGUACAACGUGCAACUAAGCCUGCUGGAGCGCGUCUGGGCCUCCUGGUACCUGUGGAUGCAGAACGACACUCUGGCGACUGGUCUCAUCAGCUUUGCCAUGCAUGAGAUUGUCUACUUCGGACGCUCCCUCCCCUGGAUCAUCAUCGACGCCAUCCCCAUGUUCAACAGGUGGAAGAUUCAGAAGUCCAAGGUUCCUACUGUGAAGGAGCAGGUCGACUGCGCCCUCCUUGUUCUCCUGAUGCACUUCACCGUCGAGCUUCCCCAAAUCUGGGUCUUCCACCCCUUGGCGCACUACUUCGGCCUCGACAUCGGCGUGCCAUUCCCUUCGUACACCAAGAUGGCUCUUCAGAUCUGCCUCUUCUUCGUGAUGGAGGACGCCUGGCAUUACUUUUUCCACCGUGGCCUGCACUAUGGUCCCUUCUACAAGAACAUCCACAAGCUGCACCACACCUACUCGGCCCCCUUCGGUCUCGCCGCUGAGUACGCAUCCCCCAUCGAGGUCAUGCUCCUCGGUUUCGGAGUCGUCGGCACGCCUGUCGUCUGGGUUGCCCUCACCGGCGAUCUCCACCUGUUCACCAUGUUCAUGUGGAUCGUCCUCCGUCUCUUCCAAGCCAUCGACGCCCACAGCGGCUACGACUUCCCCUGGAGCCUGCGCCAGUUCAUCCCCGUCUGGGGCGGAGCCGAGUUCCACGACCUCCACCACGAGAAGUUCAUCGGCAACUACGCCUCGAGCUUCAGGUGGUGGGACUGGAUCUUUGACACCGAGGCCGGCUACGAGGCCAACAAGAAGCGCCGCGAGAGGAGGCUUGCCGCGAUCAAGGCGAAGAAGGCCCAGUCAUUUGCGAAUGGCACCAAUGGGGGAGCACCUCUUGGAAACGAGGUCCAGGAGGUCGUCUUUCUUGCUGUCGGCACCGGUAUCUGCACCUUUCGAGGCGGCGCGUUGUUGAUCAGGGUCGUCAUCCUUGAGGCCCAUCUCGGCCGCGAUCUCGUCGCACUUUUUGGCCAGGCGCAGGUCCAGAGACGAAAGGCCCCUGGGGUGGGCAAUGGAAUUAGGGGGAGAGGCUUCUCUCACCCAGCUCUUGGCAAACGUCUUGAACUUGAACGUCGCCUCCAGCCCGUCCUUGGUCGAGGUCAGCGCCCAGCGCCGGCUGAGCCUCGCCAGAUCCGCCUCGGCGGCAGCCGCGUCGGUGCCCUCCGAGAAGGCAACCCCCUCGGUGCCGGACCUCGGCCCCUCCGCGGUCAUGCUGCGGAGCUCACGUUGUGUAUUACGAUGUUGAUUGUGACAAAGGACACAAUGGCCGGGGACGUUUUUGGCAUCCAGGCUGAUCUUCUCAUCCCCGGCCGCGGGGAGCCAAUCAAGGACGGCGCCGUGAUCAUCAAAGGCAAGAAGAUCGAAUGGGCCGGGCGCCAGACCGACCUCCCAGAAGAAUUUUACUAUGUUACGAAAUACUACGUGCCAGUCCUCAUGCCCGGGAUGUGGGACUGCCACACUCACUUCAUGGGCACGCACGUCGUGGGAGACCUGCGGGAGUCCUUCAAGCAGUUCCUGCCCGGCAGGGAGACGCUCAUCGGGGCCGUCAUCGUCGACGACCUCGAGGCCACGCUCAUGGCGGGCUUCACGUCCAUCCGGGAGCUGGGCGGGUUCGCCGGCGACCUCGUGCCCGCCAUCGAGAAGGGCCGGAUCGCGGGCCCCACCGUCUACGGCUCCAUGGGCAUCCUGUCCAUCACGGGCGGGCACGGCGACCUGCGCGACGAGCCGCUGUCGACCAUGGUGGACUGCUGCAACCACGGCGGCAAGUGGAUGCUCUGCGACGGCGAGGAGGAGUGCAUCAAGCGGCUGCGGCAGCUGAUGCGGCGCGGCGCCAAGGUGGUCAAGAUCUGCUCGACGGGCGGCGUGCUCUCGCUCGGCGACCAGCCCGAGGACUCGCAGUUCUCGCCCAAGGAGCUCCGGGCCAUGGUGGAGGAGGCGGCGCGCAGCAGCCGGGUGGUGGCGUCGCACGCCAUCGGCAAGAACGGCAUCAUGGACGCCCUGCGCGCGGGCGUCAGGACGAUCGAGCACGGCAUGUACCUCGACGACGAGGUCGUGGCGCUGAUGAAGGAGAAGGGCGCCAUCCUGGUCCCGACGCGGCACAUCGUUGAGACGCUCAACCUCGACAUGAGCGAGCUGCCGCCCGAGGUCAGGGAGAAGGUGCUGCGCAUGACGGAGCUCAGCCGGUCCUCGCUCCGGAUGGCGGUGCGCGAGGGCGUCAAGAUCGCGCUCGGCACCGACACGUACAGCAGCGACAGGAGCCACAUCUGCUCGCACGGCACCAACGCGCGCGAGCUGCACUGGGCGGUCGAGGCGGGCAUGACGCCGCUGCAGGCCAUCGAGAUGGCGACGGCGAUGGGGCCCGAGACUGUGGGCGCGCAGGCGCCCAAGACGGGCAUGAUCCGGGAAGGCUACGACGCCGACAUCAUCGCCGUGGCGUCGAGCCCGCUGGAGGACAUCGAUGUCCUCACUAAGCCGCGCAACAUCACGCACGUGUGGAAAGGUGGUAGGCUUUACAAGUCGCCUUGA